UAUAUAAACUCUUUGCGCCGAUAACGCCGGCAGUAGAAUAUCAAGUGAAUAUACGGAACGAUACAGCAAGCAGAUUGCGCAGCACAGAACAAAAAGUGUGGAACAAAAAUUUAGUGGGAAUGUCGAUCGUACCGAUUUUCUUCCGCAACUGGUGGGACGACGAAUGGGACCGGCCCCUAUGGAACUCUCGUCUACUGGAUCAGCAAUUUGGGAAGGCCCUAACAACUGAUGAUCUACUUAACGCCUUUUCCUCGCUCGUGGAUUCGCACAACCGUAGAUUGCAGCAUCGCCAUCCUUCAGGACGCUACGUUCGCCCGUGGCACAGUUCCUGUGUGGCCAAUACACGCGAUAGCGGCUCAACGGUGAAUGUUACCAACGAUAAAUUCCAAAUCAACCUGGAUGUGCAACAGUUCGCCCCAGAGGAGAUCUCGGUGAAAUACGUGGACAAGAGCCUGGUAGUGGAAGGAAAGCACGAGGAGAAGCAGGACGAACAUGGAUACAUCUCGCGCCACUUUGUUCGCCGUUACAUGCUACCGGCUGGCCACAACGAAAACCAGAUCGAAUCCUCGCUUUCAUCGGACGGUAUCCUGACCAUCACAUGUCCUCGUCUGGCCAUCGAACAGAAACCCGAGAGGAUCAUUGGAAUCACUCAAACAGGAGAACCGUUGAAAACAUUGGGCGAUCAGUCGAAAAACGAGGAAAAAUCACAAUCAACCCAAGAAUUGCAGCAUCGCCAUCCUUCAGGACGCUACGUUCGCCCGUGGCACAGUUCCUGUGUGGCCAAUACACGCGAUAGCGGCUCAACGGUGAAUGUUACCAACGAUAAAUUCCAAAUCAACCUGGAUGUGCAACAGUUCGCCCCAGAGGAGAUCUCGGUGAAAUACGUGGACAAGAGCCUGGUAGUGGAAGGAAAGCACGAGGAGAAGCAGGACGAACAUGGAUACAUCUCGCGCCACUUUGUUCGCCGUUACAUGCUACCGGCUGGCCACAACGAAAACCAGAUCGAAUCCUCGCUUUCAUCGGACGGUAUCCUGACCAUCACAUGUCCUCGUCUGGCCAUCGAACAGAAACCCGAGAGGAUCAUUGGAAUCACUCAAACAGGAGAACCGUUGAAAACAUUGGGCGAUCAGUCGAAAAACGAGGAAAAAUCACAAUCAACCGUACAAGCUAACGGCCAGCAGGAGAAAUAAUGAGCUGUGCUUUUGUUUCAUGGUUGCCCGAUGAUUUGUGAUUACGAUUGUUCCAAAUAAAUUAUAAAGCA